UUUCACGAAAUUACCAUGGUUGACACCGAGAUGCCAUUUUGGCCCACCAACUUUGGAAUCAGCUCCGUGGAUCUCUCUGUUAUGGAUGACCACUCCCAUUCUUUUGACAUCAAGCCUUUCACCACUGUGGAUUUCUCCAGCAUUUCCACUCCACACUAUGAAGACAUUCCAUUUGCAAGAGCAGACCCAAUGGUUGCUGAUUAUAAGUAUGACCUGAAGCUCCAAGAGUACCAAAGUGCAAUCAAAGUGGAGCCUGCAUCCCCACCUUAUUAUUCUGAAAAGACUCAGCUGUACAAUAAGCCUCAUGAAGAGCCUUCCAAUUCCCUCAUGGCAAUUGAAUGCCGAGUCUGUGGAGAUAAAGCUUCUGGGUUCCACUAUGGAGUUCAUGCUUGUGAAGGAUGCAAGGGUUUCUUCUGGAGGACAAUCAGAUUGAAGCUCAUUUACGAUAGGUGUGACCUUAACUGUCGGAUCCACAAAAAAAGUAGAAAUAAAUGUCAGUACUGUCGGUUUCAGAAAUGCCUCGCUGUGGGGAUGUCUCACAAUGCCAUCAGGUUUGGGCGGAUGCCGCAGGCUGAGAAGGAGAAGCUGUUGGCGGAGAUCUCCAGUGAUAUCGACCAGCUGAACCCAGAGUCGGCUGAUCUCCGGGCCCUGGCAAAGCAUUUGUAUGACUCAUACAUAAAGUCCUUCCCGCUGACCAAAGCAAAGGUGAGGGCAAUCUUGACAGGAAAGACAACAGACAAAUCACCAUUUGUUAUCUAUGACAUGAAUUCCUUAAUGAUGGGAGAAGAUAAAAUCAAGUUCAAACACAUCACCCCCUUGCAGAAGCAGAGCAAAGAGGUGGCCAUUCGCAUCUUUCAGGGAUGUCAGUUCCGCUCAGUGGAAGCUGUUCAGGAGAUCACAGAGUAUGCCAAAAAUAUCCCUGGUUUUGUAAACCUUGACUUAAAUGACCAAGUAACUCUCCUAAAAUAUGGCGUCCAUGAGAUCAUUUACACGAUGCUGGCCUCCUUGAUGAAUAAAGAUGGGGUUCCCAUAUCGGAGGGCCAAGGAUUCAUGACAAGGGAGUUUCUAAAGAGCCUGAGAAAGCCCUUUGGUGACUUUAUGGAACCCAAGUUUGAGUUUGCUGUGAAGUUCAACGCACUGGAAUUAGAUGACAGCGACUUGGCGAUAUUUAUAGCUGUCAUUAUUCUCAGUGGAGACCGCCCAGGUUUGCUGAACGUGAAGCCCAUCGAGGACAUCCAGGACAACCUGCUGCAAGCCUUGGAGCUCCAGCUCACGAUGAACCACCCCGAGUCCUCCCAGCUCUUUGCCAAGCUGCUCCAGAAAAUGACAGACCUCAGACAGAUUGUAACAGAACAUGUGCAGCUAUUGCAAGUCAUAAAGAAAACAGAGACAGACAUGAGUCUUCACCUGCUCCUACAGGAAAUAUACAAGGACUUGUAUUAGCAGAGAAGUCCGAGUUCACUGACCAUGUAUUCCUUCUUCCGAUUGCACUAUUAUUUUGAGGGGAAAUCUGACACCUAAAAAAUUUACUGUGAAAAAGCAUUUUAAAAAGAAAAGGUUUUAGAAUAAUAGAUCUAUUUUAUGCAUAUUGUUUAUAAAGAUACAUUUACAAUUUACUUUUAAUAUUAAAAAUUACCACAUGAUG